CACGUCGCUUCACUUUCCUUCACAAAAUGGUGCGAUCACCGACACGUUCCCCGUCCAAGUCCCCGCAGAACAGAGCGUUCGACAGCUUCCUCAACUCGAACGUGACGACGGUCAACUCGCGGGAAGGCACUCAGCUUGCUGAAGCUACCCCCCCAAUUGGAUUUUCCACAACGGAUCGAUGCUCCCGAGAGUGUACGUUGCUGUAAACAUGUCAGAAUUUAUAGCAACGUGUUGAGGUGAUAAAGCUCAAAAGCCGCCGUAUAUCUUAAACGGUGCCAGAUCAAAACACCCGAGAGAGAUUUCCCGCAGACAAGAGAAGAACGUAUUCAGAAGACGGUGUUCUCACCGCAUGCAACCGCACUACGCAAGCUGAAGACACAAAUCCGCUCGUCAUUUGACAAUGGAGCACAGAUAGAGGCCAAGCUUAGCUGCUGUUCCUCGCAGAAGCUGAAGGACCGGAGAAAAGCAGUGUCGUCCAAGCUUAUCAAGGAGUAUUCCAUGCUGGCAGAAUCUAGCAAGCGUGCUGGUCGGCACGAUGCCGAAUGCACAGCCUACUUGUGUCUAGGAAUCCUUCACGACAACGUCGAAGACUACUCCAAGGCCAUUGACUGCUACCUACUCGUGCUUUCCAUUAGCGAGAGUACGCAGAACAAGUUGUUCAUGGGGUUGGCUGCUAACUGUAUUGGUGUCAAUUACCAGCUACUAUCCUCCUCCUCGAAAGACUACCGUUACAGCGGGAAAUUUGUGGAUCCGCAGAGUCGUAACCUGCAAAACGCACUAGUUUAUCAUCAGAAGCAUCUGGAGGUUGCGGAUGAUGCAGGCAAGUUCGUGGCUCAUUUGAAUCUGGGACUUACACUCGGCUCCCUUGACCGUCCAAACGAAGCUGCUCACUACUACCAGGAGGCUCUUCGUUUGGCUAUCCAGUUGAACAGUGCGUACGGUCAGAGUCUUGCCGUAGGCAACCUGGGGCUGCUGGCUAGCCGUCAAAAUGAUCUAGACACAGCUGUUGCAUGCAUGAAUCAGCAUCUACAGCUCAUCCAGUCAGUCAAUGAUCGCCCAGCGGAGACAUUCGCGUGGAUUCAGCUCGGUCACCUCGCUAGCCGGCGAGCAGAAUUCGAGAAAGCGGAGCGGGCCUUCGACCAGGCUCACCGGCUAGCUCAGGAACUUGGAGAUGCCGGCACAGUCAAACAGUGCAGCUGCUACUUAGGAGUCGCUCGAGCACGUCUUCAAAUGCAAAAUUAUGUCUGCCAGCUCACCACCUCGUUACUUCCAACAACAACGAACUGAGGACGUAGUCCGCUUUAAGACAAAUGUCCGUGUGAGGAUAUUCCCAGGUGAUAUACUUUCCAUUUCUUCUGCCGUUUGUGCCUGCUGUUGUGACUAUUCGAUUGCCGGUCUGACGUGAU